CCAGCACCACGACGUAAACAAACACAGAUCCACAGCUUCGGACGCCAUUCUCACCUUUCAGCAUGGGCGCGCCGGACACAUCAUGGGUGUUCGCCGACCUCGCCGUCGCGGACAGCUCCAGGUACAGCACCCGCUCGCGGCUACUGCUCACGGGGCUCUCCUUCGCCAUUGGCAUCGUCACCCUCCUCCUCUAGCUCGCCGUCUCCUACGCCUGCAGCCGCCGCCGCCGUUGCCGCCGUCAGCGCGACAGCGGUGCUGGUGCGGACGACCAGGAGGCCGGCAUGGGCGACGCGGCGAUCGUGUACGAGCAGGCCGACACCCUGGCGGCGCCCAUGGACUGCGCGGUGUGCCUCGGGCAGGUGGAGGCCGGCGAGAAGCUGCGUCGGCUCCCCAAGUGCGCGCAUCUGUUCCACGCCGACUGCGUCCACGCCUGGCUGCAAGCGCACUCCACCUGCCCCAUGUGCCGCGCCGCCGCCACUGGCACCACCCCGGCCGCGGCAGCGGUGCUGCCCCCUGGCGUGGUUGCAGUUGCAGGCACGCCGCCUGCCUUGGAACCGAUGGAUUGAAUCGCACCGACCGGAGAAUAGCCACAGUGAUGGAUCGACUAGCGACGCUGACUGGAGAAUAGCCGUAGUGUGGUCAUGGCUGCAGCCACAGUGCGUGUACAGGAGUAUCUGUCAUGUCGAGUGUGCUUGUAUUGCUGGCUCCGUUUCAUAGUGCGCAUAGAUUUUUUUUUUCGCAAGCAAAAAACCCUUCAUAAAUCUUGACGAAGUUUAUAGAGGAAAAUAUCUAUCUUUACAAUAUCAAAUAAAUAUAAUAUGCCGAGCGGCUCCACUGGA